CGCAACGUCGGCUGGUGGUGAUACCUUAUCUUAUCCACUAGCAACCAGCCCAUCACGCAGUCGAUCUCUAGAACUUAUUAUUAUUAUUUUUUUAAUUCCCUUCAACUUUUCUUCUUCUUCUUCUUCUUCUUCUUCUUCUUCAUCUUCGAUUCCAGUUCAACAAUGGGGGAGAAGGAUCUGAAGAACACGAUUAGAAGAAGAAUGGCCUCCAUUUCCGGCCAUCUCAUUCCAAUUCCACGAACUCCAAAUCCUGACUCAAUCCACCUCUCCGCCGCCUCAAUCGACGACAGCUACCACCGCAAACACGGCGCCGUUUCAAAUCAUCCUGUCAUCUGGAGCAUCGCCGGCGACGACUCCGGCAAGGAAUUCACCGACAUCAUCUACGAGAAGGCCGUCGGAGAAGCCAUUGCGAAGAUCACGAUCAAUCGACCGGAGAGGAGAAAUGCUUUCCGGCCGCAGACAAUUAAAGAGCUCAUACGAGCAUUUAAUGAUGCCAGAGACGAUAGUUCAAUCGGAGUCAUCAUUCUUACUGGAAAGGGAACAGAGGCGUUUUGCAGUGGAGGAGAUCAAGCUUUGAGAAAGAAAGAUGGUUAUUCUGAUUACGAAGAUUUUGGUCGUCUUAAUGUUUUGGAUUUGCAGGUCCAGAUUCGUCGUCUUCCAAAACCAGUCAUUGCAAUGGUGGCAGGUUAUGCUGUUGGAGGAGGACAUAUUCUGCAUAUGGUUUGUGAUUUAACCAUUGCUGCAGAAAAUGCAAUAUUUGGUCAAACUGGUCCUAAGGUGGGGAGCUUCGAUGCUGGGUAUGGAAGCUCCGUUAUGUCCCGUUUGGUUGGCCCCAAAAAGGCAAGAGAAAUGUGGUUUCUUACCAGAUUCUAUUCCGCUUCUGAAGCUGAUAAAAUGGGCCUCGUCAAUACUGUUGUUCCGGUGGAUAAGCUGGAGAAAGAAACGAUCAAAUGGUGCAGAGAAAUUCUAAGGAACAGUCCAACCGCCAUCCGGGUGUUGAAAUCGGCUCUCAAUGCUGUCGAUGACGGGCAUGCAGGCCUUCAGGCCCUCGCCGGCGACGCCACGCUCAUCUUUUAUGGUACAGAAGAGAGUAAUGAAGGAAGAUCGGCGUAUAUGGAACGUCGGCCACCGGAUUUCUCUAAAUUUCCAAGGAAACCUUGAUUUCAAAAUUCAAAUGGCCCUUGCAUUUUGUCGCUGGGAUGUAAUUUUUAAUUUAAAUAAUAAUGAAUUUAUCUGAUAGAAGGGAGAAUCAAACUAACCUAUGAGAGGGUAAACAUUUGUUUUGAGAUGAUUUAGUUAAUACGGUCUUUCAAAUGUC